AUGAAGCUGUUCGUCCUGUGCGCCCUGCUCGCGUUCGCCGCCGCGCAGCCGGCCAAGAACGAUAAUUGGAAAAGCACCGUGGACCAGAUGGUCGGUCAGUCUAGGAGCGAAUGUUCACAGCAGAACGACGAGGUCGCCUGCAUGAAGUUCAAAGUGUUCAAUCUGCUCGAUCAGAUCUUUAGCAAGGACAGCUUCAAGGUGUCCGACACGGUGGAGGUGACGCGCAACACGCACCCCGUAGAGGAGGUUUCCGCCCGCAGCGAGGGUUCCUUCGUCGACACCGUGCAGUCCUACCUGGCCUCUCACGACGUGACCUUUAAGCUGCCGCUCGACUCCACCGUGAAGGUGAGCUCGCGCAACAUCGAGGACGAUCAUCUCACCUUCGACGUCAAGUUCGGCCAGGGCCGUGCCGUCGACGAGGCCCGUAGAUCCAAGCUGAAGAAGGUCAUCAUUCCUAUCGUCGUGUUCGUCCUGCUGAAGGCGAUGACGCUGAUCCCGCUGGCGAUCGGCGUGCUCGGCUUGAAGGCCUGGAACGCGCUGCAGCUCUCGUUCUUCAGCUUCAUCGUCGCGGUCGGCAUGGCCAUCUUCCAGCUGUGCAAGAAGAUCGCCGCCGACGGCCACGUUGCGCCCAUCGCCCAUGGCCCCUGGGAGUACCAGGCGCAGUACAGGUCCUUCCAGGAUCAGGAUCAGCUCGCGACCUCCUCGCAACUCGCGCACAACCUCGCAUACUCCGCUCACGCGCAAUCCUAGUAUCCACUGUCGCCCAUCG